AACCUGCUACCGCCCACUACGCCACAAAUCUUUUCUCGCUACGCCACUACUAUGCACAAUUGCACUACUACUGCGCGCAUAUGUACUUGCACCUACCUACAUGCUACUUACCACUAUAACAUGACACGCAUACUACACUAACUAACCCGCUCCCACCCCCACCAGCUUACGCCCAGCCAUGGCACCAAUGACUGCUCAAGAGCUACCCCAGCACCCAGAAUACCCCCACAUCGUCUGGCAACUGACACCCCAAAGCCAAGGAAAGGUACCCGUCGCCAAAGAUCGAGGCGGGCCCUUUAAUGUCGCCUACGAGCUCCAUGGCAGUGGCCCUCGACACCUGGUAUGGGUCAUGGGCCUGGGUGGCAUGAAGUAUGCCUGGCAACGCCAGACCAAGGAUUUUGGCCAUACGAAGGGCCAUCAGUACUCGUGCCUGGUGACCGACAACCGUGGUAUCGGUGAUUCGGAUAAGCCGACGUCGAGAUACUCGACGUCCGAAAUGGCAAAGGACCUGAUUGAAGUCAUUGAUCACGUUGGCUGGACCACCAAACGCGAUCUGCACAUUAUCGGAAUCAGCAUGGGCGGAAUGAUCGCCCAGGAGAUUGCAAUGUUGAUACCAGAACGCAUAUGCACCCUGUCGCUUGUAUCAACAGCUGCACAUCUCUUCAGAACUACAGGCUUCUUAGAAAACCUCUGGAACCGUGCCAAUCUCUUCAUCCCCAAGUCCCUUGAUACCCAGAUUGAGGGCGUCAAGAAGAAUCUGUAUUCCCAAGAAUGGCUAGACGCGCCAGACACCCUGGAACCCGUCGUCCAGGCCUUCCCAACCAACGGGGACCGCUUUGCUGCCAAUGAAAUGUGGAAACGCGAGCAUCCAGAAUACUUUUCCAAAGCACCCUUCAUCCUGCAGGCCAUUGCAGCUGGUUGGCAUUACAAAAGCCCCGAGCAACUGCAGCACCUUGCCGAGACAAUUGGGAAAAAAAGAAUCAUGGUUGUCCAUGGUACAAAGGAUCGAAUGUUGACUUUUCCCUUGGGCGUAGUUUUGUGGAGGGGUCUCGAGAAAGGCGAGGGGGUAACGGGCAAGGAAAAUUGGCUGGGCAUUGAGGAAGAGGAAGAUGUCUGGCAAGAAGGUGAGAUUGAGAAACACUUUAUCAAGGGGCAAGGCCAUGUCAUCCCAGCCGAGAUGAGAGAGGAAUUCAAUUUGUGGAUUGAGGGGCUGGUUGAGAGGGGCAUCAAGCUCAACGAGGAAGAGGGCGUGUAAAGUUGUACUCUUACAGGUGAUAUCAAUGACUAGAUCCAUGGCUCCCCUUGAUUAAAAAAAACUGAAGAAACUUUCAACAACAGCGUCUAGCAAAAGCAGCA